AUAGCUCCGACUAUAUAACAUUGGUGAAUAAUGAAACAGUUUUCACUGCUACAACUACGGUCACAUCUGGUCUGGUUUAUGACAAUACUUUUAAAGACGAUCACUUCAAUGUUCUUGAAGAAAUCAGUCAAUUGAUCGAGGAAGAGCGGAAGAGAGAUCAUAGAAAUGCACUGAGAAGAGCUUCUUAUCGGAGGAAAAAGGAUCAGCUGGCAGCAAAUGGAAAUAAAAACCCGCUGUCUACAUCAGAUGUAGGCAGUGAACCUCCAAAUGAUGCAUUAGAUGGGGCAACAGUGGUAAAAGACUACGCUGAGACAACAAAGGAGCAGUUCAACACACAAAGGCGUGGUGCUUAUCGGAAAAAAAGGACCAGGAUACUGUGUUGUUGCAAGAGGUUCAUCAGCCCUCCUUGACAAAUUCUGCCACCCCUGAUGGCACAAGCUAUACAGACGUUGCACACGUUGAAGCAGAAUUACCCACUUCAUCAUUAGGAGCGUCUGAUGUUCCCAUGACAAUGACCGAGCUAUGAGGGAGCAGAGAAACUCACGUAGCCGAACAUAUUAUUAGAAGAAAAAGGGUGAACUAACGGUUGAUGACAGAGAAGGAAUGAAUGAAAAGAUCCGAGCCAAGCGUGUGCAACGCCGCAAAAGCAUGUCGGUUAUUGAGAAGGGCCAGUCAAGUGCUCUAAGGAAGGCCAGUUAUGCUAAAAGGAAAAACACCCCAUGCAAAGAAUCCCUUGCACUCCCUCGUCCAAACUCUACCUCUAAAUGUCCCGCAUCCAGCUGUCGUGCAAUACCCCUCGGAUGGGGCACCGAAGAUGAUUCAUCAGAUGGCGACAAUCCACCGGUAGUGCCAAAUUACGGUGCUAGCUCCAAUGAUGACAACAAUGUGUUCCGAGACCCCCUCAUGGGCGAUGAACCGAUACCAUCCGACUUGAUGGAUCAGGAGUAGUACAUGUUUCGUGACCAAGGAUCCGGUAAUGACACAAUUGAGGAUGUUGAUGAAACGAGCAUGUCGUCUGCUAUACCUAGCGAUGUUGACCCAUUAGACUUUGUCUACACAAACAUCCCAGACACCACUCACGUAUUGAAACUGGACGCAAACUGCAAACACUGCAAAGCCAAAAAGUUUGUGUCUGAGACUGACGGGUUCUGCUGUCACAAUGGACAGAUCGAACUUAAACAACCUGAACCAGUCCCAGAGCUGAUGAGACUAUGGUCCAGCAUGGAUGCAGAUUCUAUACAUUUUUGGGAGAACAUACGAUUCUUCAAUGGGCAUUUCGCCUUCACAACCCUUGGCGUCAGCCUCCAUGAGAACUACACAAAUAUGAAGUCCGGGGUGUACACAUUCCGGGCACACGGCACCAUCUACCACAAUGUGCACUCGUUCGGACCUAGCGCCCGUCCAGAACAUCUGCAUUUAUACUUCUAUGAUGACGACCCAACCAUUACUCAUCGUAAGGCGGCCACCAAGCAGUUAGACCUGGAUGUUGUGAGGAAGUUAGUAGACAUACUGAAAGAAAACCCGUACUCACAGCAAUUUAGGAGUUUGGGUGCACACAAGGACAACCUCGAUGAUUAUAGGAUAGACCUAAACACCGAUAAGAGGCUUGACCAAAGAAGAUAUAAUAGACCGUUGUCAUCUGAGGUCGCUGCAAUUUGGGUUGAGGGCAGCGACCUAGCAAAAAGGUUUGACCGGAGGAUAACACUUUGUGGCAACAACGAAAGGCACAAUAUUCGUGUGACCUCCGGGGCAUAUGACCCGUUGUCUUAUCCCCUUUUUUAUCCAAGGGGCGAACUAGGUUGGCAUCCGAAGCUACCUAAACAUGGUGUUCCUUGGGAGGUUGUACUACAUCCCCAACUGGGCCAUGAUGAUGAUGAGGAUGCAUGUAUGUCGUAGGCAACAAGUAUUGUUACAAAUAAUAAUAUUUAACUCGAAGGAUUCCUCAUUUCUAUUGUACUUGAUCACAUGCAGAGGGGAAUAGCAGGUUGUGCUCUCUGUAAGAGACUAUUACUGUUACAUGCUAUAGACACGGCCUGCGAUCUUCAAUCCCAUACUCUGUGGCGCACGCCUGCUGCAGCAAUGGGCGGUAGACAUGUAUGUGAAGAUUGAGAGUUGUCAGUUGAGGUGGUUCAGGAAGAACUAGACACAGAUUCGGGCCGACUUGUAUAAAGGAGUUGUUGAUGUGAUCACAUCCGGUGAGACGCGAGCAAGUGCCGUUGGGACAAGGAUAGUUCUCCCUGGAACAUACCCAGGCGGUGAUCGUGACAUGAAGAAGAGGCAUAUGGAUGCCAUGGCAAUUGUCCACACAUACGGGAAGCCUGAUGUCUUCUUGACCAUGACUUGCAAUCCAAAAUGGGAAGAGAUAACUAAUGAGUUGCUGCCUGGUCAGACUGCGCAGGACCGACCUGAUAUUGUGGCUCGCGUGUUCUAUGGCAAACUAGAGGCUAUGAAGGACAUGUUGUUCAAGAAGCAGAUCCUGGGUGUUGUUGUCGCUUAUGUAUACGUAGUAGAGUUCCAAAAAAGGGGCCUUCCCCACGCACAUUUUUUGUUGAUAAUGGAGUCAGCAUAUAAGCUUAUCGUCCCAGAGCAGUAUGACCGACUCAUAUCAGCAGAGCUCCCAGACAAGCAUAAGUAUCCCGAAUUGUAUGCAAUGGUGGUAAAGCAUAUGAUGCACGGACCAUGCGGUUCUCUCAACCAAAGAAUGUUUGCAUGCAAGAAAACGGAUGCAAGUGCAGAUACCCGAGGUCGUUCAAUGAAAACACAACACAGGGGAAGGACUCGUAUCCAGUUUAUCGACGUAGAGACGACGGUAGACGUGCUAAGGUCCGAGGGAAGAUGUUGGACAACAGAUGGGUUGUGCCUUAUAACCCAUACCUUCUGCGGAUGUUCAAUUGCCACAUCAAUGUUGAGGUCUGCUCUAGCAUAAAGGCCGUCCAAUAUCUUUACAAGUACAUCUACAAGGGCCAUGAUAAGGCUUCUUUCAGCAUUGACCAGCCCGACGCCGAUGGGAACAUUGAUGAGAUCAAGAGACACGUUGACGCAAGAUGGGUCACCCCUCCGGAGGCUAUGUGGAGGAUAUUUGGCUUCCCACUUUGCGCCAAUCACCCACCUGUCUUGCAGUUGCCUCUUCACCUCCCGAAUAUGCACAGGGUUGCAUUCAAUGCGCAGGCUGACUUGAAUAACGUUGUGACCUUCAAAAAAGCUUCAAAAUCCAUGUUAACGGAGUAUUUCAAGGCUAACCAGGAACACCCUUGGGCUAGACAUAUAUUGUAUAAGAAUUUUCCAAGAAGCUUCACGUGGCAGCAACAAAAGAAGUCUUGGAAGCCUCGGGUCGAGAGUUUUCAAAUAGGUCGCAUCGUGUCUGCCAAUCCAGCCGAGGGGGAGCGAUACUACCUGCGUGUAUUGCUGAACCAUGUUACGGGCAAAACCUCAUUCGACGACUUGCUCACCGUGGGCGGCGUGCUAUGUGGGAGCUUUAGAGAGGCUGCUGAACGGUUGGGUCUCAUCGAGGCAGAAAACACGCUUGACGACUGUCUUAAUGAGGCUGAGCAGUGGGCGUUGCCAUGUUCUCUUAGGAGACUCUUCGCAACCAUCUUGGUGCAUUGUGAGCCAGGCAACGUGCGCGGUUUGUGGGAUAGGCACCUCGAGCCUAUGUCAGAUGACUAUCAUCGAACACGCACGUCGACCAAGGAGGUGGAGCAGUUGGUGUUGCUUGACAUUAGGGCUAUGUUGCAGUCCAUGGGUAAAGGCGUUGUUGAUUUCGCUCUUCCAAUCAUCGAUGAUGCGUUUGACCCAACCGAUGGUGAGUGUAGAGAGGUUAUAGAGGAAUCAACCGUUGAGUUUGGCAUGGAUGACACUAAAUUGGCAUCUUCCCUGAACUUGGAGCAGAGGGCUGCAUACAAUGAGAUACUGGUGGUUGUUGAACGCGGUGAUGGGGGUGUAUUAUUUGUUGAUGGCCCUGGAGGUAUAGGGAAGACCUUCUUAUACAGGGCGAUGUUUGCCAAGGUGAGGAGCGAGGGCAAGAUUGGUAUCGCUACCGCGACGUCGGGCGUCGCCGCUUCUAUAAUGCCUGGCGGCAGGACAGCCCACUCGAGGUUCAAGAUACCACUGAGUUGCGAUGAUGGUGCCUCAUGCAGCUUCACCAAGCAAAGUGGGACUGCCAAGCUGCUUAGGAUGGCCUGAUUGAUAAUAUGGGACGAGGCCAGCAUGACGAAGCGACAAGCAGUUGAGGCAUUGGACAAUAGCAUGCGUGACAUAUUGGGAAUACGCGACCGACCCUUUGGAGGAAAGACUGUUGUUUUUGGCGGGGACUUUAGGCAGGUGCUUCCGGUUGUCAGAAGGGGGUCGCGGGGCCGGAUUAUUGAUGCAACACUCCGAAGUUCUCAUCUGUGGAAUGGUAUGCGGCAACUUCGGCUCGUUACCAACAUGAGGGCUCAUAAUGACACUUGGUUUGCAGAUUACUUGCUUAGGGUCAGCAAUGGCACUGAGGAUGUCGACGAUCAAGGCAACAUACUACUCCCUAAAGACAUUUGUCUGCCUUCUACAGGCGAGGUUGAUGACUUGGAGAAGCAUAUUGACCAUGUGUUUCCGAGUCUAGAUGACAACAUGUCUGAUUCGAAUUACAUGACAUGUCGCGCAAUCCUCUCCACCACAAACGACAAUGUCGACAAGAUAAACAUCCGCAUGAUAGAGCGUUUCCAGGGAGAUGAAGUAAUAUACCAUAGCUUUGACAGUGCGGAGGAUGACCCGUAUGGCUACUACACUCAAGAGUUUCUUAAUGGAUUGACUCCCAAUGGUCUUCCUCCGCAUGCACUCAAACUAAAGCUAAACUGCCCUGUCAUACUUCUAAGGAACAUUGACCUAGUUAACGGACUGUGUAAUGGCACUAGGCUUGUUGUUAGAGGAUUUGAGAGGAACACCAUUGAUGCAGAAAUCUGAUUGGACAACACGCUGGCAGGAGGGUCUUCCUUCCUCAAAUACCUCUUUGCCCAUCUGAAAAUGACAUGUUUCCGUUCAAGUUUAAGAGGAAGCAAUUUCCUAUAAGAUUUGGCUUUGCUAUGACCAUUAACAAGGCUCAAGGGCAGACAAUCCCUAUUGUUGGUGUCUACCUCCCCAAUCGAGUGUUCUCUCAUGGUCAACUCUAUGUUGCAUUGUCUCGAGCCACCGCGAAGAGAAACAUAAAGAUACUCAUUCAGAAGGAGAAGCCGAAGGAGAAAUCCAAGAAGCAAAAGGACAAUUCAAAGAAGCGAAAAAGACCGACUGUGUCCUUACUGACCUCGAUGAAGAACAUCGUCUACAAGGAAGUCCUUACAGGCUGAAGUCCGGUCUUAAAACCCCGGCAGGUUUACUAAUAUAACUUACUCUUCAAAUGGUCAAGUUAUGUUGUAAUUUGUUUUUUUAGUUAUAUCCUUUUAUUUGGUAUUUUGAUAGAUGGAUCUAUACUCCAUUUAGUUGAAUUACAAACUACAUUUCAA